UUAAUAUUCCGGAAGUUCGUGUUGUAACCAGUUCCUUGUUUAGUUGAAAUCAGCAGUAUAAAUGUAUGUAAACCAAACCAAAUACGUAUUAUGAUGACAUUUUUUUAAUGCAAAGUUUAGGAACAUAAUUAAAGAAAUUGCUUUGUCAAGCAUGACAAAGUUAAAUUCGGAUAUAGAUCUAAAAUUAUCGGAUACUGUAGUACAACAAUUACAACGCAGAAAUAUUAAAACUGUUCUUGAAUUUUUAGAGGAAGAUUCGAAUAACUUGGCGACGUUCUCUGGUCUUUCGCUCAAGGACAUAGUUCAUAUUCAAAAAAUUAUUUCACUAAAGUAUGGAGGUGUGGUAAGAAAUGCCAGUGAUUUGUUCAAGAUAGAAUUGAGUAAUAUAAUUCCUACAGAUUUACCAUGUUUAGAUAACUUACUGAAAGGUGGAUUAUAUCCAGGUCAAAUGUAUGAACUAUGUGGUUUACCAUCAAGCGGUAAAACACAGUUGUGUUUAACAAUUGCAAGUAAUAUUGCUCUUAGGGCUAAUAGUCUUGUACGGUAUAUCGAUACAAAAAGAGAUUUCCACGGUUCACGCGUAGAACAAAUUUUGUUGAACAAAAACAUCUGUAAAAAGGUUACAGAUGAAGUUUUGAACCGUAUCAGAGUUUGCAGUGUACAAAAGUUAUAUGACUUAUUUGAGAUUUUGCGUUGGCUUACAAGUGCUUUGAAAGUUGAGAAAGAAGAAUGUCGUACAAGGAUUAUAAUAAUAGAUUCUUUGCCAGCAAUAAUUUUCAGUGUUUCUGAUGAUAAUAAAGUAGCAGUUACACUAAAUCAUCUAGCAAAUAUAUGUUACUUUAUUGCUAAUGAAUUUCGUUUAUCGAUCAUCACAGUCAAUUUGAUUACUCAAUGGGAUUCUGGUAACGAAACGGAAUCGGUUUGCAUAAAUACAAAUAAUGUAAUAGAUAGUGAUGUAAUACCAACGUUGGGAAAGUAUUGGGAAGGCAUUCCUAAUACAAGACUGUUAAUAGAAAAGCUAGAUCUUGGAAACAGGAAAAUUUCGAUAUGGAAAAGUGUUCAGUUAGAAACGUGUAGAUUAAGUAUAGACAAUAAUGGCAUAAUAUGUACUUCAUAAUGUAUAAAUUUAUAUGUUUUGCUCUUUAAUUUUUUAAUAAAAUCUUCGACUGUAAGUUGAA